UUCAAUACCGUAGUCUACUACGUUAUGUUCAUUCUUUGUUAGACUACUUUGUUUGGUUGCAUACUUCCAUACAGAAGUAUUGCGGCUAUUUUAACCCUAAGUGACGUAAGGUUACGUUUACUUAGCAUAUAUAAAAACUAAAGGAAUUGUCAGUCACCUCAAAAUAAAAUGGGUGGAGUUUUUUCAGCUUUGUUUAGUCGGUUGUUCGGAAAGAAAGAGGUUCGUAUUCUGAUGGUGGGGCUUGAUGCUGCUGGCAAGACAACAAUCCUGUACAAGCUUAAACUGGGAGAAGUUGUUACAACAAUUCCUACUAUUGGAUUUAAUGUUGAAACAGUGGAGUACAAAAACAUCAGCUUUACAGUGUGGGAUGUUGGCGGACAGGAUAAGAUUCGCCCUCUGUGGAGACAUUAUUUCCAGAACACACAGGGUCUCAUAUUCGUUGUCGAUAGCAACGAUAGUGAACGCAUUGGAGAGGCAAGACAGGAGUUGACUCGAAUGUUGAAUGAAGAUGAGUUACGAGAUGCAGUGCUUCUGGUUUUCGCAAACAAACAGGAUCUUCCGCAAGCACUGUCUGCUGCUGAGGUGACAGACAAGUUAGGGCUUCACGCCCUACGUAAUCGCACGUGGUACAUCCAAGCUACCUGUGCAACCAAUGGUUCUGGACUAUGUGAGGGUUUGGAUUGGCUCAGUCAGACUUUGAGCCGCAGGAAUUAAAUUACUAUUUGUAUUUUUAUUCUAAGUGCUGUGAAGCAACGGCGAUUGGCCUACUUCAUAUUUUAUUUCAUGUCAUUUUGGUACUGUUAUGGACCUUCAUAUCCUGUUGUGUACAUCCUACAUGUGAUAAUUUGACUUGAUUUCUGCAUUAAUACACAAGUGGAUGUCGGCCUUUUCGUCGCUUGCAUUUUCCCUUUUUUUCAAAUAUGUUAAUGUUUUGUUGUAAUAACCCAACGUGAACUUCUAGGACGUGAUGAACGUUGGGAUUUAUCUGUUGAUAUAUGAUUAUGUACAUGAUUAAUAAAGUUUUGAUUCCUUCCCAGGUUUCAUCAUUUUGAAUUUGUUGUAAUUUGCAUUAAAGGUAUCCAUUUACAUUUGCUAGUA